UGAAGAAGGAGUUGCAUUAUGUUCAGAAAGAUACACUCAAUAUUUCAUCCCAGCUCGCCCAGGAGAAGCCUGUCCAAUGGGAUCCCUACUUACAAUGGCUCUGCGGUCCGGUUGAUCCGGAGCACCUCGAUGUAUGUUCUGGGAGGUGAGGAGCAUAACUUCAGUGAGCCUUUAAAAAAAAGCAAAAGUACCACCAGCCUAGAUUCAACUGCCUGCUUCCAGCUGAAGGAGGAUGAAAAAGCAUGGAUGUAUGCAAAGACCCAAGACUGUUUGCAGUACUUACAGGAUUUGUUAGCUUUGCGGAAAAAAUAUCUGGCGGGCAUAAAAGAUUUGAAAUCCAUAAACAGAGCACCUGAAAUUUCUCCUGUGUCUACAAAAACUUCCAAGACAAGAAAAAAGCCACCAGCCCCAUCACCUUCUCUGCAGUCUUCCAAGACCUCAACCGAGAGGAAAGUCUCACAGCUCAAUUCAGAUGUUAUCGAGGCAAUAGCUUAUUUUGACUCAAUUAUCGCAGAGCUGGAUGCAGAAAGGCAUCGGAAGAUAGUUGUGAGGGAUCAUUGGCAUGCAGAUGUCGAUUUUGAGGUUGUUACUAGCUCAAGAGAACACAGCUUACAUUCCAACUGGAUUCUUCGUGCCCCUCGGAGACAUUCCAAAGAUGCUGUCCAAGGAGCUAAGACAACAUGCCAAUUGGAAGGAAACAGCCAGGGAAGAACCAUCAGCUCUAGAAAGAAGCUGCAAAGAUAUCCAAUGUAUCUACCAAAAGCUGUGGAGGGAGCCUUCAAUACUUUGAAAUUUAAACCCAAAAUAUGCCCAAAAGGACAGCUGUGA